CUGAUACUGCACACACCACCACAGCCCACAAUCUACACCCUGUCCCCACUUCGUCACGAUUAGAAACCUCCCUCGUUCUAUUCGCCCGCGCUUAAUACAGUGCUGGACCCUCAACACAACCUCGAUCAUCCGGCGGGGUACAUGUCAGCCGGCCCAAUGUCUCGGGCACGCGAGAGAUGGAAUAGAUAGAUAGAUAGACAGACAGAUAAUCCAGCCUCCACUUACGCCGGAUAUCUCCCUAUCUGCUACUACCACUACCCUGUGCGUCUCGUCUCGAGCCUCGGGGCGAGUACGGUCCGGUCCGGUAACCAGAACGAACAGCCAGACGGAGAUGGAGAUGUCGGCCCCAAAGUCCUUCGCCUUCCCGGACCACUACGUACAGUUAUCGAAACCCCGCCCGCGAUGGGAUGUGGUCCAUAGCAUUGGGGUCGCGGUGGUAGCGCUGGCGGGACUGGCUUGGUGGGCGUCGCCUUUUGGCGGGGAGACAUCGAGGCAUCAGUUGCCGAUAGCGGCGUUUAGUUGGGAUCGGAUCACCCCCUCGCCGUCGCUCGAGUAUCAUGAUUGCUUCGAUGGUUUGCAAUGCGCCCGUCUGCAGGUCCCAAUGGACUAUCACCGCUCUGACGGCCAGGGGCGACACGUUGCGAUCGCCAUCGCCCGUCGUCCGGCUAAAGUACCGGUGACCGAUAUGCGAUACGGGGGUGCGAUCCUCGUCAACCCAGGGGGUCCUGGUGGCUCGGGCGUAGCCAUGGUUCUCCUCGGGGGGGACGCGCUACAGACGACCGUGGACGCGGAGAACGACCCCAACAUGCUCUCCACCAAACUAAGCGACAAAUACUUCGACAUCAUCGGGUUCGAUCCGCGGGGAGUCAACAACACAACCCCAGGAUUCAGCUGCUUCCCGAACCUCUUUUCGCAGCGCAACUGGGAGCUGCAGGCCGCGGCGGAGGGCAUCCUGGGGAGCUCGGAGGACGCGUUUCGACGCAACUGGGAUCGCGCGAUCGCUCUGAACACGGGAUGCUCAACCAACCUGAGUACGCCGGUCCGGGAGGGGCAGGAAGCGUUGGGAGAGCAUAUCAACACGGUUCCCGUGGCGCGGGACAUGCUGGAGAUCGCGGAGCGACACGGGGAGUGGCGCGAGAAGCAGGGAUUGGCGGAACAGCGGCGUCGCGAUCGUGUGCAGGGCUACGACCCGCGACAGCGUCUGGUUGCACGGACACGAUGGAACCGAGGACAGGAGAAGAUCCAGUAUUGGGGACGGUCGUACGGGACGAUCCUGGGGGCGACCUUUGCGACCCUGUUCCCGGACCGCGUGCAUCGGGCUGUCCUGGAUGCGGUCGUGGAUGCCGACAAAUAUUAUCUGGGCGAUGGACACAGCGCGAUCGAGGAUGCGGAUGCGAUUUUCGAUCGGUUCACGCAGUAUUGCGAUGCGGUCGGGGCGGACGGCUGCCCAUUUUAUAGAGAGGGAGGCCCCGCGGCCAUCAAAGCAUCGUACCUGGCCUUGGACCGCGCGCUCUACAACCGAUCGGUGCCGGUGCCGUCGUCAACCAUGCGGGGUCCGGAGGUGGUGACCUGGAGUGAUCUGAAACACAUCAUCCGGAUCGCCAUGUAUCAACCUCUCAGCGGGUUCCCUCUGCUGGCGGAGUACGCAAGCGAGCUGGUCAACGGCAAUGGAGCGCCGCUGGCGGACUUCAAGGUAGGGGGACGCUCUCCGUCGUGCCCGUCGAGCCAGUGCCUCCAGCGCGGGCCAUGGUCCGCGGCGUGUCAGGUCCCGGGCCAUAACGAGCUGUACUCCAGCGCGGCGAUCCUCUGCGCGGACGCCGAGUAUCUCCAGUCCGCUGACGAGGACGACUUCGGGCGGUACUGGCAGUCCCUGCGGGAGGACAGCUAUGUGCUUGGAGACUACUGGGCUGGUCUCGGGCUGAGCUGUGUGGGAUGGAAAGUGAAGCCGAGGUGGACGCUCCCAGGACCCGUGGCGGCCAACACCUCCCACCCCCUGCUGUUCGUCAGCAACAUCCUCGAUCCCGUGACCCCCUUGCGCAGCGCGCGCAAAAUGACCCGGCGAUUCCCAGGCUCAGUCCUGCUGCAGCAAGACUCGGAGGGGCAUUCCACUCUCGCGGCUCCGUCGGUAUGCGUGCACAAAGCCAUCCGCACAUACUUCCAGACCGGCGAAUUGCCGCCGCCGGACACGGUGUGCGAGGGGGAUAUCAAGCCAUUGUUGGGGGUGCAGGCACGGACCGGGACAGUAAGAAGUGCGGGCGAUCAGAGGCUGUAUGAAGUGCUGGCGGGGGAGGCGCGGCGAAUGGCGGCUGUGCGAUUACCGCUGUAGCGGCAGGUGGGUGGUAGUACUGGUAGUACUGGUAGUACUUCGUACUAGUCUUGACACCUGACGGUGCCUGGGGUAAGGGAAGGUUUCGGUACUUGAUAAACCCGGUAUUGUGUUCACAUCCAGGUACAACACUAUAGGAGGUAUACUCCUAUUCACAAAAUGUAUGCAUGCCAUCACAGUUUCUUCAAGGUUGAUUAUGAAAUAGGGCUCCUAUGCUUGAAAGCUACUGG